CUGUGAAGUCAGACGGACAACGACUGAACGCCUGAGCUGGGAGUGUUUUAUGGCUGCCUAUUCAGCACGACACCCAGUAAUGUGUACUAUUUAAAACAUCCUCGUCUUUUUUUUUUUUUUUUUUUUUUUUUUUAAGACGUGGAGAGAGCUGAACUGCGGCUGCACGUUUCACGAAAGAUGUAAGCUGAGGCAAAGUCGCUGUGCUGCGCAGACGGCUAACUUUUAAGUGCGACUUCGUCAACCGAAAUUGAACUUCAUCGAUCUCGGAUGGUUGGUCUGAAAAAGCUACCCAAGCGGAUGUGUAACCCGGAUUAAACCCAGUAAUUGAAGACGUGGGGUUUGUGUUUUUAUGAAGACCCACAGGAAUCGUCCGGUACAGCUGCAUACUUAAACUUUUUUUCCUUCAACAGCCGUAGUGACAUACAUCAACGUCAGCUAAUUUUAGCAAGCUAGCUAGGUGUGUUAGCCUCCAUUCCAGCAGCGCAGUAGUCUGCGGCUGCACCAACUUUACAACUAAUUUAGACAACUUUUUAUGACAAUGUCUGGUAUACAUUUUGUAACAGGUGGACCUUUUGCAAACACAACGAGAAAGCAUAAAACAUCAGUCAUUUAGAAACUUUGCUAAUAUUCGUUGUCUGCUGAUUUUUACUGCGAGCAAUGUCAUGAGUUUGUUUGUUUGCAUCGGGUUUUAAAGGAAAUCUCACAAAAACAAGUUACCCCCCAAUGAUGCAGCCUUUGGAAACAGUCUAACCCCGACACAUAACGACCAUGUUGGAUCGUACAGAAUAACCUCAGAAAGGAGACGAGCUUCCAUGUUUUUGUGCUGAUGCGAACACUUGGAUCACAUAAGGAAGCCUAUCAUUUGGCCUAGGGAUUCAGUAGCUUGUCUGAAGUCUCCAUCAGUUUUUGCAGCAAAAUGUCGGCCAUCUCUGCAUCCGAGAAAGUGGACGGGUUUACUCGAAAGUCUAUGAGGAAGGCCCAGAAACUGAGGAAAUCCCAGGGCUCGUCUCAGUACCGGACUCAGAGCGCUCCGGUUGAGCUUUCACCACUGCCGCAGCUCAAAGAUGCCCCCUCUACAGAGCAGCAGGAACUGUUCACCCAGAAGCUCCAGCAGUGCUGCAUGCUCUUUGACUUUUUCGACUCUGUGACAGACCUGAAGAGUAAGGAGAUCAAGAGGGCCACGCUCAAUGAGCUGGUCGACUAUGUUUCCACCAACAGAGGGGUGCUGGUCGAAUCUACGUAUCCAGAGAUCACAAAUAUGAUUACCACCAAUAUAUUCAGGACUCUUCCUCCAAGUGAAAACCCAGAUUUUGACCCAGAAGAGGAUGAACCCACUUUAGAGGCUUCGUGGCCUCACAUGCAGCUGGUCUAUGAGUUUCUGCUGCGCUUUUUAGAGAAUCCAGACUUCCAGCCCAGCAUUGCAAAGCGAUACAUUGACCAGAAAUUUGUUCUACAGCUUCUGGAGCUGUUCGACAGUGAAGACCCCAGGGAGAGGGACUUCCUGAAAACCAUCCUGCAUCGGAUUUAUGGGAAGUUCUUAGGGCUGCGUGCCUUCAUCAGGAAACAAAUCAACAACAUUUUCUUGCGAUUCAUCUAUGAAUCCGAGCACUUCAAUGGAGUCGCUGAACUGCUGGAGAUCCUUGGAAGUAUCAUCAACGGGUUUGCGUUGCCUCUGAAGGCGGAGCAUAAGCAGUUCCUGAUGAAGGUGCUCAUCCCGCUGCACACGGCCAAAGCACUGGCCCUUUUCCACGCACAGUUGGCUUAUUGUGUCGUCCAGUUCCUGGAGAAGGAUCCUACACUCACUGAACCGGUGAUUCGUGGUUUGCUCAAGUUUUGGCCCAAAACCUGCAGCCAGAAAGAGGUGAUGUUCCUCGGUGAAAUCGAGGAGAUUCUGGAUGUCAUCGAGCCAACGCAGUUCAAGAAAAUUCAGGAGCCGCUGUUCAAACAGAUCUCGAAAUGCGUGGCCAAUCCGCAUUUUCAGGUCGCUGAGCGUGCGCUGUAUUUCUGGAACAACGAGUACAUUCUCAGCCUCAUAGAGGAGAACAUCGACAAGGUCCUCCCCAUCAUGUUCGGUAGUCUGUACAGGAUCUCCAAAGAGCACUGGAAUCCGACAAUCGUUGCUCUGGUUUACAACGUAUUGAAGACGCUGAUGGAGAUCAACUGCACUCUGUUUGAUGAGCUGACGUCCUCCUACAAAGCAGACCGCCAGAGGGAGAAGAAGAAGGAGCAGGAAAGAGACGAGCUGUGGAAGAAGCUGGACGAGCUGCGACUCAGUAACACGGCUCUGGUACAAAACAACAGCCACGGCCUCCACAACAACAACAACAACAACAACAACAACAACAACAGUAACAAUAAUCCCUGCGAUAACCACGACGACAGCUCCGAUACCGUCGCUCCUGUCGACGCAGACGCUCAAGAUCCAGACGUCAGCGCGGCGGCGGAAGCGGCUGACGACGGCGGCAGCAGCCCAUGUGCCAAAUGACACCGGAUGUCACGUUUUUACGCCGCAACGGUUUGACACCGCGUUACAGACUGUCAGCGGAGAAUUAACCUUGGACAGACCAACACAAACGACACCUCAGCAGUAUGUUAAAUCUACUUAGAGUGACAUAGAGUGCCAGCGUUUCUUUGGCAGGAGAUAUAUAUUUCAACUUAAAACUAUUUUUGGAUGUUCAAGUGUGGCUGCAGUAUCUUGUUUAUUUGUCUGAUCAAAGAUUUAUCCUUUCACGUUUAGUUUCUUAACUGAAAAUGAUUUUGUUUUUCUUUUUUUUGUUAUAUUCAUGGUAUGAUAAGCGGGAGGGGAGAAAAUAAUGACUUGAAUUUGAUGUUUCCGAUUUGUGCUGCACUUAGACGAGCUGACUAGCUAUUUAAAGAUGUCUAUUUUUUAAUGUGCUAUCUUCAUCGCUGCCAACACACGGGUGCAAACCUUAAGGAAGAAGGGAAAACGGAAGACUGGGGGGGGGGGGGGGGGUAUUCGGGGGCAGACGGGACCAGACCCAUAGUGAAAUCAUGUAGUUUAACGCUGUCUUUAGUCAAACAUGGGGGGUGAAAAACCAAGAUGGCCGCCAUUUCCUGUUAGAAAUAAUAAGGAAAAAAUACCCCCAUGUUUAUUCAAGUCCCGAUGAGUUAAAACCUGCUCACUUUUAGAAUAAAGUUAAUAUUUGUGAUUAUUUUUCAGGUGUUAAAUAUUUUCUAUCUGGACAAAACACCUGCAUUUAUGAGGAAAACAACAGUAGAUAAAUAUCAGUAGAUAAAUAUAAGAAAAAAAACACAUACAGUACUAUAUUUUUCCAAAGUAUUGUCAGGUUAAAUAUUUUUGAAUUGCUUUUCCAGAGGGAAAAUGACGGGAUGCAGGAGUUGUGUGUGUAUAUUUGUUUGUCGAGUGUGUAAAUGAGUGUGUAUAUAUACAUAUAUAUACGUUAGAUCGGAGGCUACUUAAAGGGAAAUGCCACUCAGUGUAUGAUUUAAUGUACAGUUUCACGCUUCUGUGGACUAGGAAAGAAAAGACGAACAGAGAGCGAAGACGUGACGUUUGUCUUACAACUUAUCUAGUAUCUGACAGAUGCACAGGAGGCCGAUUUGUGUUUGUUUUUUUGUUUGUUUGUUUGUUUUUAAAUAUCUGAAAGACACGAUGUGACAUAGUGAUAUCAUUACCGAAGAAGAAGAAAAUGAAUUUUUAAGAAAGAUAUGCCCACACGUCUUUACCAUGAAUGCCUGCCUCUCCAGAUUGAAGAACCUCAUGAACGCUGUAGUUUCCAGUUCGUGGUGUUUAUGGACUUGAUUUAAUUUGACUGCCGUAGAACACACACACACACAUAUACACAGGACUGUGGGAGAAGGUCCUGAAUCCACUGGUGUUCCCUCCGAGUGUCUGCUCUGUACUUUUAAGUUCAUAUUUUAGUCUUUCUGAUGCCUUUCUGUCAGUACAGCAUUCCAGUCUCUGUGCGUGGGGAACCUGUUUUGUAAUCGCAGAUCUUAUUUAGGUUUCACCAUCAAAUAAAGUCAACUUUAUCUUUAUA